UACCUUUCGAAAUAAUCUAUCCAUCGAUGUAUCUAUCUAUCUAUCUGUCACUCACCUGUGGCGAGUAAAUCACCGGCGGCCCGGCGUCGCUUCCUUUCAAUCUAUCUAUCUAUGUAUUACAGCCAUCUAUCUAUCUAUCUAUCAAAAACCACACUUGUAUCAUAUCUUCAGUUAAUGUUUGGUACACGCAAGCCCACCAACCAUUAUAUGCCUGGAUAAGCGCCACUAACAGGUGCCUUAAUGCCUCUAUUAACAAUGAAUAAAAGAAGAAUAAGAUUAAGGCGAUAAAAAUGUGAUUGUUUAAAACCUCUAUCAAUGGUGUUAUGCAAUAUAACUUUAUUUUUGAAACAAUUCAGUGAUUAUAUGCGCGCGAGAGAAAAUUAAUCGUUUAAAAAAAGUAAGCGCACUGAAAAAAAUAACAAAAUGUAAAAAAUACAUCGCUGACAGUGACAAAUCGACCUAAACUAAGAAACUAUUUGCCGAUCAAUUAUGAUGGACCAGGAACCAAAUAUGGAACGCGUUCCUCUUCGAAGCACUUCAAUUCGGCUUCGGCGACGAAGAGAUCAAGCGAAACGAGAGUUUUUAGAUAAUCGUCGAAGUGGAGAGUUCGGGUAUUCAAGUGCCGGCUGGAGUCAGGGAACUAGAGCGGACUUCACUGACGGAGAAUGGACUGAAGAAUUCUCCCACAGAUCAAGAACUAGAAAACCAAAUAUCCUAGAAACUAAAUCAGACAUCAAUGACAGGCGAAGAGAGCGUAAAAGUAUGAUUGAAUUUAAAAACUUUGGGUUAAUAGACUGCCCUGUUCUGGAUACAACAAGUGUUCCUGAUAAUCACACCAGGAAUGCAUACGUUCCUGAUAAACCAAUCAGGAACUCAUAUUAUCACGAUGUACGACAAAAUGUGCAGGAUAGAAUGUUUAUAAUGGAUUCCCGCGGAACUCCAACUAAUCCUGCAAAACUCCACCAAAUCCAACCGAAAAAUUCGCCAGAUUUGAGAAAAAAUCCUCCACUUCAAAUCAUCUAUAGAAAUCCCCAAGGAUAUUCUCGUACUUCCAAAUCAGUAGAUCGACCAAGAUCAACAAUUACCGAUAUAGACGUGAAAUCCAAAUCCAAACCAAAAAAGUCUGAACAAAAAGCUGUUCAUCAGAUUAAACCUAAACUAAGAAACCAGAUUUACGAACAGCCAACCUCACUUCCUGUUCACAUUAGGGACACAGAUCAGAUACAGAUACAACCACUUUCAGGGCCCUGGGACAUUAAAACAUCGGAUGACGUCCUUAAAAAGGAUAAUAUUCAGCUCAGACGACAGGCCAAAAAUGUGCAGAAAAGAAUGCGAAGUCGAAGCCAGGAUAAGAAUAUGAUUGAUCAGGAAGAUAAGAUGUCAGGAAUGGAGAAGAUAUUAGGAGUUGACAGGUUGCCCCCUGACAUUGCCAAGGAAAGGUUGAAUAGACCAGAUUUGAACACAAUGGACGAACUGAAGAGUGGCGUGGUUUGGGUUCAGCGAGACAGAGUCUUUUCCAGAUGGAAGGAAAGAUUCUGUUUGGUGAGCCAGGAUUCUAUUUAUAUCUACAAGAAAAAGAUUAAGCCGUCUCCAGUAAAAGAUCCAAGGGAAACCAAUGAUACAUCUAAAAAACUAGAAACACAUUCUGGAGAAGUUCUGAUAAAGGUUGGUUGGAUGGAAAUGGAUGGAAUAUAUUUAGAGGAGAGGAAGGGGUAUCUAGUGAUAUCUAUACAUCUACAAAAAGAGGCUAAAUUACUUCUUCGUCGAACCGAGGAUAUUAGGGAGUGGCACAGAAUCUUGGUGACGUGGGCUGAAUACCAAGCACAAUCCAGAAUGAGAUCGACUGAAGAAUUUUGGUCCCGUCGCAGUUAUGUUGAGGCGACAGAUUUAGAAGACUGGCUGCUCAGUCGAAAAUUGAACACGUCAAUUCGAGGCCGUCGCGCUAAAAGCGAGGACAGAUCCUCAAAACCGUCGAAAAUUUCGAACCGGAAAGAGUUGGACUUAAAGAAGUCUGUUCCGAGCGAGGAUUCCGGAAAUUCGUCGCUAAACACGUCGACAACGGAUAGUCGUAGAUCACGUCGAAUUCUCAGAGAAUAAUAAUUGGAAUUUCGAAAUUGAAAAUCCUCAAUUUUUUAUAUUUUACUCCUGCAAAGAAAUUAUAAUAAUUUUUUUUCCAAAC